UUCGAGGAAACAAAAUGUUUCUGCAUGUUUUAUUGAUGAAGGGGACGCGGCUCCUUGAUGUGAGAUCCAUCCGCAGGCUGGACACCAAAGAUAAAAGACUCCAAGGAGAAAGUUGUAGAAAAGUUUAAUGGCGCAUGGGCAUCAUAGUGCUAAGAUAUAGAUAGU